AUGUCUGUUCUCCCUGCCGAGGUGCAGGGAGCCCUGGGCCAACUCCUACAAGCCCUGUCGUCUCCGGACAAUAAUCUCCGUGCACAAGCGGAGGAGCAGUUGAACAAUGACUGGACUCUCAAUCGUCCCGAUAUGCUGUUGAUGGGGUUGGUGGAGCAGAUACAAGCGUCUCAAGACCCGUCGACACGGUCUUUCGCCGCAGUGUUAUUUCGCAAACAGGCCUCGAAAACGCGCAAAAACCCAGUCACUGGUGAGAAUAAGGAACUCUUCCUCAGCCUGGGUACGGAGGCGAAACAGGCCAUUCAGUCGAAAUUGUUGGAAUGUCUCGCAAGAGAACAGGCAAAUCCUGUGAAGAACAAGAUCGGGGAUGCAAUUGCGGAAAUCGCCAGACAAUAUGUCGAUGCUGGUGAAAUGUGGAUGGAAUUGCUCGCAGCAUUGUUCCAGGCAAGCCAGUCCGAAGACGCUGGUCUGCGAGAAGUCGCCUUUCGGAUCUUCUCUACCACCCCGGGCAUCAUCGAGAAACAGCAUGAAAGUGCGGUGCAGGAAGUUUUCGGCAAAGGCUUCAAGGAUAGCAGUGUUGAAGUCCGACUGGCUGCCAUCGAAGCGUUUGCCUCCUUUUUCCAUUCCGUCACCAAGAAGACGCAGCCGAAAUACUAUUCCUUAAUCCCGGAGAUCCUCAAUAUCCUACCACCUCUGAAAGAAGCUGGAGACACGGAUAAUCUAUCCAAAGCCUUUGUGUCGCUUAUCGAGCUGGCUGAAGCCGCACCAAAGAUGUUCAAAGGUCUCUUUUCGACUCUGGUGAAAUUCAGCAUUUCCGUCAUUCAGGACAAAGAGCUGGGUGAUCAGACUCGACAAAAUGCUCUUGAGCUAAUGGCGACGUUUGCCGAGUGGGCCCCGGCCAUGUGCAAAAAGGAUCCGUCCUAUGUCAACGAUAUGGUCACCCAGUGUCUGAGCUUGAUGACGGAUAUCGGGAUAGACGAUGACGACGCCUCGGAAUGGAAUGCAAAUGAAGACCUCGACAUGGAAGAAAGUGACAUGAACCAUGUUGCAGGUGAGCAGUGCAUGGAUCGGUUGGCGAACAAGUUGGGUGGACAGGUCAUGCUGCCUGCGACCUUCACUUGGUUGCCGCGGAUGAUGCACUCUGCCUCGUGGAGAGAUAGACAUGCUGCUCUAAUGGCCAUCUCGGCAAUUUCUGAAGGGUGCCGAGACCUGAUGAUCGGCGAACUCGACAAAGUUCUGGAAUUGGUCGUCCCGUCGUUGCGCGAUCCGCAUCCACGGGUCAGGUUCGCCGGCUGUAACGCUCUGGGACAAAUGAGUACCGAUUUCGCUGGACCGAUGCAAGAGAAAUAUCACCAGGUUGUGCUGACCAACAUCAUACCCGUGCUUGAGGCGCCGGAACCACGGGUUCAAGCGCACGCUGCAGCGGCACUGGUCAACUUCUGCGAGGAGGCGGAGAAAGCGAUCUUGGAACCGUACCUCGACCAGCUUCUUGGACAUCUGCUACAACUGCUGCAAUCACCUAAACGUUACGUCCAAGAACAAGCUCUGUCCACGAUUGCUACCAUUGCCGAUUCUGCAGAAAGUGCUUUCGUUCGCUACUAUGACACCCUGAUGCCCCUGUUGUUUGGCGUCCUGCAGUCUGAGCAGUCCAAAGAAUACAGACUACUCCGGGCCAAGGCCAUGGAGUGUGCCACCCUCAUCGCUCUGGCCGUUGGGAAGGAAAAGAUGGGUCAAGACGGCAUCACGCUUGUCCAGACCUUGGGUAAUAUCCAGCAAAACAUCACCGACGAUGAUGAUCCACAGGCUCAGUAUCUCCUACACUGCUGGGGCAGGAUGUGUCGAGUUCUGGGCAGCGAUUUCGUCCCAUACCUUCCAGGAGUCAUGCCGCCUUUGCUUGAGCUUGCUUCUGCCAAAGCCGACAUCCAGUUGAUCGACAGCGAGGACGACAUACUUGACCAGGAGGAUGGCUGGGAGUUGGUUCCUCUGAAGGGCAAAGUCAUCGGCAUCAAGACAUCCACCCUGGAAGACAAAAACACGGCGAUCGAAUUGAUCACCAUCUAUGCACAGAUCCUGGAGGCCGAUUUCGCGCCCUACGUGGCCGAUAUUGCAGAGCGUAUUGCACUUCCUGGGCUCGCGUUUUUCUUCCAUGAUCCUGUUAGGGUGGCAUCGGCAAAAUUGAUCCCUCAGUUACUAAACUCAUACAAGAAAGCCUACGGUGACCAGUCGCCUCAACUUCGGGAGCUGUGGGCCAAGUGUUGCGAGAAGGAGAUUGAGAUCCUCAGUGCAGAGCCAGCCGUGGACACCUUGGCGGAGAUGUACCAGUGCUUCUAUGAAAGCGUCGAAGUGGUGGGCAAGAACUGUUUGACACAAGAUCACAUGAAUCUGUUCAUCCAGUCUGUCAAAUCGACGUUGGAGGAGUACCAAAAACGCGUGCAGGAACGUGCCGAGGAAAAGGCCGAAUAUUCGCAGCAAGGAGCUGACGAGGAUGACGACUCGUUGACUGUCCAGUAUGCGAUCGAGGACGACCAGACGCUCUUGUCAGACAUGAACAAGGCGUUCCAUACCAUCUUCAAAAACAUGGGCCCCAACUUCUUGGGCCCGUGGCAGACGCUGAUGCCGUACUACGACGCGUUCAUCACUAACAGUGACCCGACGCAGCGACAGUGGGCCAUCUGCAUCAUGGACGAUGUGCUGGAGUUCUGUGGCCCUCAGUCAUGGCAGUACAGCGACCAUAUCAUCCAGCCGCUGAUCAAUGGCAUGAGAGACGAGAAUGCGGCGAACCGACAAGCCGCCGCAUAUGGUGUCGGCAUUGCCGCUCAAAAGGGUGGCGAGCAAUGGUCCGAUUUCGUGGCCGCCAGUCUCGAAACGCUUUUCCAAAUCACCCGGGUGCCCAAUGCCAGAGGCGAAGACGAGGUCUUUGCCACGGAAAACGCCUGUGCGGCCAUCGCCAAAAUCCUGCAUUACAAUUCCUCCAAAGUCCCGAAUCCGCAGCAAGUCGUGGAGCAAUGGCUCGACACUCUCCCUGUUGUCAACGACGAGGAGGCUGCGCCUUACGCCUACUCUUUUGUGGCACAGCUGAUUGAUCAACAAAACCCGGCCGUGUUUGCAAAAGCACAGCAGGUCUUCCACCAUAUCGCAUUGGCUCUUGAGGCCGAGACGAUCCAGGGACAGACGGCCAAAAAGGUCGUCGAAAGCGCCAAGCAGAUGGUCGCCCAGACCGGCAUUAACGCCGACCAGAUCUUACAGUCCCUCUCGCCAGACGGCCAGGCAACCGUGCGGAGUUAUUUCUCUUGA